GCAUCUCUCCCCCAAUCACAUUGUCAUUCUCAAACCUCAAUCUCCUCCAAUUCUCUCUCUUUCAGAUGGAGAAGUCCAGUUUUGCUCCGCUCAUUGUGCUUGUGUGCUUUCAUUUUGCUGUGAGUGCCAAUGCAUUCACUGCUUCAGGAUGGACCAAAGCUCAUGCCACCUUUUACGGUGGAAGCGAUGCCUCGGGAACCAUGGGAGGAGCUUGUGGCUAUGGCGACUUGUACUCGACCGGGUAUGGCACCCGAACUACUGCGUUGAGCACCGCGUUGUUCAACAAUGGUGCUUCGUGUGGGCAGUGCUACAGGAUCAUCUGUGACUACCAAACUGACGCCAGGUGGUGCAUCAAAGGAGUUUCCAUCACGGUCACUGCCACCAAUUUCUGCCCUCCGAACUUCGCUCUUGCGAAUGACAAUGGUGGGUGGUGCAACCCGCCCCUCCAGCAUUUCGACAUGGCUGAGCCUGCUUGGUUAAAGAUCGGCAUCUACAGGGGAGGAAUCAUACCUGUCAUAUACCAAAGGGUUCCAUGCAAGAAACAUGGUGGAGUGAGGUUCACCAUCAACGGGAGAGACUACUUUGAGCUGGUCCUCAUAAGCAACGUUGCAGCAGCCGGGUCGAUCCAGUCCGUCUCGAUCAAAGGCUCGAACACAGGAUGGACGACCAUGUCGAGGAACUGGGGGGCUAAUUGGCAGUCGAAUUCAUACCUCAACGGCCAAUCUCUGUCCUUUCAGGUCACAACCACUGAUGGACAGACUAAGGUCUUCACAGACAUUGUGCCACCAAAUUGGGCAUUCAGCCAAACCUUCUCUAGCUCGGUUCAAUUCAGUUGAAUUCGAGAGUGGCUUCGAAGUUUCACGGUGAUCGAUUGGACUGGCCGAGGCGUGCUUUAUUUAUUUUCACAAAGAGCAGCCCGCCACAUUUUUAGUUUUGAGGAAGCGAAAUCGAUCCGUCAACUCAAAGGCUCUGAAAAUCAUCAGUAAUUGUUGAGCCAAAGUAUAGAGCAGAGGUUUUGACAUUAAACAUACUCUGUAAUCAUCACCAACUUGUGGAGGUUUGAGGUUUGAUCAAUGUGAUUUGUUGCUGCACUGUAAUAAGAAGCUCGGUCAAAAGGGCAUAUAUAAUAUAUAUGAUUA